AUGUGGGAUGGGGUGCUCCUGUCGGAGUACACCUGCACCGGGCUCAAAGAUCUGCUGGAGGGCAAGUGGAAGGAGUACAACACCACGGGGCCGCCCAAGAUCAGCGUCUCAGUGCCCCUCGAGACCAGUGGCAUCCUAGAAGUGAAGCAGCCCAUGGCCACCAUCGAGGAGCUGUACUGGGUGAACGUGACCAAGGAGAAGCCGAAGCCAAACGUCACCAAGGCCAACGCCAGCGAGAACGCCACGGAGGGCGAGGAUUGGAGAGUCUCGGUGUACUUUGGCGCGGGGCCAAUGGCGGAGAUGCAAUAUGCCCUCGCGCAGUGGGAGCUUCACUCGCGCAGCCCUGCUGCUGUCACCGCACUGGCGGGCUAUGCGGGGAGCAAUGUAGGCGAAGGCUCCGGAGGCAGCGUGUGCAUGGACACCUAUGCCUCCUUGGGCUAUGCGGAGGUGGCGCAGGUGACGGUAGGCGCCGCCGAGUUCCGGGCGCUAGCGCGGCGCUUUCUGGGAGCCUUCACGGGGCCCAAGGGCGAGCGGGCGCGAAAGAGUCCCCCUGGCGCUCACUUCCGGGGCUGCGUGGGCCUCCCCGGCGGAAUCAAAGGCAAGCUCUUCCGGACCCUCGUGUCGGAGAACAAGAAUUGGUCCAUGGACCUCCGCCCGGGGCGAGGCAAUGAUCCGGAUGCCUUCAACGUCGUCUGGGUCUAUGACACGGAGGAGUUCCCCUUCAUGCAGGCGGAGCAGUAUCUGCAGUUUGUGGGCAACGACACCUGGUACGAAGGCUGCCUCAGGUCCGCCCAGCUGAAGCGCAUCAGUUUCUCGGAGAGCUGCAGGGAGCUGGCCGCACCGAACGUGAGCUUCAGAGGCUGCGGCAGGCACAAGGAGAAGGUGAUCCCGGAAGGCCAGGCCUUGUGCGAGCGCCGGGGCUCCUCUGGGCAUUUGCUGCCGGACUCCCAGUUGCGCUGGAACGUCUCGGGCCCUUUGCACGUGGGGCCCUUCACUGCAGAGGCGAUUUGCUGCGCCAACCACCGCUACGCAGAGGCUCCAGGCUUCUGGUUCCGCAACGCGGAGUUCCUGGCUGCUGCGCAGAACGCCACGAACGAGCAGCCGCUGAUCUUCUACGACUCGGUGUGCGGACUGCCGGUGUUCAGGGCACCGGUUGGAAGGAGCACCACUGAGUGGCUGAAAGAGUCGGCGCAGCACGGAUGGCCUUCUUUCCGCUCACAGGAGCUGGUGCCGGAGAACCUGGUGCUGGGCGCUUCCGGAGAGGUGCAGUCAGUUUGCGGGACACAUUUGGGGCACAACCUGCCGGACGACAAGGGUGACCGCUACUGCAUCGACCUUGUGUGCAUUGCAGGGGCGGAGGGAGCAAAGCAGGAGCCGGAGAAGGAUUUCUUGGCCUAUUUCGGCUGCGGCCACUUCACCCACGUGCAGCACGAGCUGGUGCUGGCGGAAGUGGAGACUUUGGGCCGUGGCAAAACUCGCGCGCCGGAGAUCUCGGCGCGGGCGGCCUACGCCGGGGGAUUGCUGACGGGGCAUCACGGGGAGGUCUGCUUCCGCGGGGAGGCGAACUACGCCAAGCUGGGUCACGCAGAGGUGGUGCGGGUCUCCUGCAACAGCUCCAGCUUCAAACUUCUCGCCGCGGCCUUCUUCGAGCUCUGCCCCAAGGGCACCCGCCGGGACGUGGAGGACGCCGGGGAUGUCUACCGGUCCCUGGUGGGGCUGCCUCAAGGCAUGUCCUCGCCCCUCGCCGCGUCGCUGCGCCAAGUGGCACAAGCCGCGGCUGAAGGCGUCGCCGGUCUCAACGCGCUACGCGGAGCGGGAUUGCGGCUAGUGGCGGGCCGGGGCGGCGAUCAGGACAACGCUGAGGAGGGGACUGUGUACGUCUAUGAUUCAGACGUGUUUCCAGCGCACCUCGCAGAAGAGUACAAUCAGUUCCAAGAUGACAUGCGCCAGAUCUUCCGACAGGCGCUGCCGGAGCUGGAGCUAGAGGAGCUGUCUGUCCACUGCCCAGGGCCAGAGACCGUUCUGCCCUGGCGCCAGAUUGGCGGCUUUAUGCUGGCGGUGGGCGUGGUGCUGGCGGGGGCCUUCCUCUGCUGGCGCUUGGAUUUGCCCUUCCGCUGGGGGCCUUCUUCCCUACAGUCGGGGAGCGCCUCCAUCGAGGAGCACUACGAGGGCCUCGAAGACGAGGGUAGCGAGCUGGGACGCUACGGCUGA